AUGCAUACAAGGACGUUCAUCAACUGUCGAAUAGCUUGGAGGGAUGGAACCACCACUUUGGCUAGUGGGGUAGCCGCUGUUACAGCAGUGGCCGUCGUUGUCUCGUUGGUGACUGUCGUCUACAUCGUCAACGACAUCAACACCUUCUACGAUGACAUCAUCUCUGAACUUGAUAGUUCCAAUGACUUAUUCAUCCCAUUUGAGGACCUUGCCAAUUCCGCAUGGCACGAGAUGAAAACUACUCCCGAAAUGGCCCGAGACAAACGUGCAGCAUUUGUAGCACGCAGACAGUCUGGCUACAGCACUGGAGGAGGAGGAUCAUGCAACUGUGGCCAACAAGCCAGCGGCUGCCCUGCAGGACCACCCGGACCACCAGGACAACCUGGUUUGGCUGGUGAGCCUGGAGCGCCUGGACAGGCUGGAAGGCCAGGAAAUCCCCGGCGCCGGAACACCACGGGGCGAUCUGGAUUUGUCACCGACGGUCCUGGAUCUCUCGCCGGACCACCUGGAGACGCUGGACAGCCUGGAGGUAAUGGACAACCUGGAGCUCCCGGUCAACCAGGAGCACCUGGAACUAGCGGAGCAGGACAGCCCGGACCUCCCGGUCCCCCAGGACCAAAUGGAGCACCUGGACAGCCUGGACAGGAUGGCACCAGCGGUGGCGGUAGCAACGCUGGACCACCAGGACCACCUGGACCUCCUGGAAAUCCAGGACAGCCUGGAGCUCCUGGAUCACCCGGAAAUCCUGGAACGGAUGCGACGCCCGGUGGCGAUGGAGAAUAUUGCCCAUGUCCUCCACGUAAUGGAAGUGGCGGAGGCGGCAAUGGCGGAGGCGGAAACGGCGGUGGUGGAAACGGCGGUGGUGGAAACGGCGGUGGUGGAAACGGCGGUGGCGGCGGUAUCGGCGGUGGCGGCGGAGGCGGCAAUGGUGGAGGCGGCAGUGGCGGAUAUGGUCCUGGCGGAGGCGGCAAUGGUGGAGGAGUCAGCGGAGGUGGCGCUAAUGGUGCAGGUAGCGGUGGCUACAGAAACCCUGGUGGUUACCGUAAUGUUGCUCGUCGUCGUUUCCGCAAGAAGCGCGUUCUCAGAAGAAAGAUGGCAAAGACUGCUUAA